AGGGUCAUAACAUUUCAUCUUGAUGUAAAUUUGUAUUUUUUACUAUUUCCAAUUCAUUGCUUUUAAAAACUGCCUAUUUUUGCUGCAAAAACAUCAUUUGAAAAUUUGACAGCUGAUUUAUGCUUGUAAACAAACCUCCAUUGACAUUUUCCCAUCGUGCAAUUUUCGGUAAGUUAGGGCUAAGCACAUUUUUCAUGAGUGGUUUUCAGACCUAUUUCUUAUGUGAUUUUUUUUAUCUUAAAAUUGCUUUUCAGCAAAAUCCAAAGAAAGUUCAUCGUAAAAACAGGCUUUACUCCCCUACAGCAUUGACAAAUGCCUAUAUGCAUAUAAAGGAGCAUGGCACAUCAGUAAGAAAAGCUGCAAAACUCUAUGGUGUCCCAGAGAGUACCCUUAGGGACAGAACUUUAGGGUUAGUUCAUAUUGAUACUCUGUCUGCUGGUGGACAACCCUUGUUUGACGAGUAUGAAGAGGCUAAUCUUGUCAACCAUUUCAAAACUAUGGCAGGAUAUGGCCAUGGGUACACAAGACAAGAGUGUGUUGAUAUUGCCACUGAUUAUGCUGUCCAGUUAGGUCGUCGAACUCAGGAUAGACCACUCACGAUGAAAUGGAUGAGAGGGUUUUUAAAAAGGUGGCCAGAGUUAAAGGUUGUAAAACCAAAAGGUCUAGAACACGCCCGUGCAAAAAUGGCAUCACGUGAUACAGUGAUGAAGUACUUCAUUAACUUAAAAGAAACAAUUGAAAACCACAAAAUUGAACCGCAUUUGAUUUUCAACAUUGAUGAAAAGGCAGUCAAAGUUGAACAUAAGCCUCCUAAUGUAGUGGCAAGUUCUAGUUACAUCCCUCUGCUGUUACCUCUGGCAAGGGACAGAUUGUAACUUUGAUUGGUGCUGGAAGUGCAGCUGGACAAGCUAUCCCCCUUAUCUUGUUUUUCCAGGACAGCGCAUGAGGUCUGAGCUUAUGAUUGGAGCAUCGCCAGGUUAAUUAUUUAAUUUAAAAAAAAGUUAAUUAUUUAACAAAUAUCUUAAUUUAAUACUGAUAUUUUUAGCAUAUAUGGUAGACUUUUUUCACAGUAAAAUAUUAUAUUGGCAUAGUUAAAUCAAACUAUUUUUACAUUUCAGGUGCUGAUGGAACAGUUAGUGAAACCGGCUGGUCUAAUGGCAGCAUUUUUAGAUAUUAUUUAGAACAUCACUUUCUUAAAUUUGUUCCUGGACGCAAUGAUAAGAAAAUCCUUGUGAUCUUAGAUGGGCAUAAGUCUCAUGUGUCUGUAGGUCUCUCUGAAUGGGCACAUAAAUUAGGAAUUGUAAUUUUCAUAUUGCCACCCCAUUGUAGCCAUAUUCUUCAGCCCAUGGAUGUAGGAUGUUUUGGCCCCUUUCAGAAAAUAUAUGAUAUAAAAUGUCACAAGCUCAUUAGGGAAGUUUCAUCAGUAAUUACUAGAUACAAUAUUUGCCAAGUAUCUUGUUCAUCCUAUCUAGCUGCCCUUACCCCAAAUAAUGUCCAGGCUGCAUUCCGCCGUGCAGGCAUUUACCCGUUUGAUCCCUUGGCCAUUGCACAGGAGAAACUUCUACCUGCAGAGGUGUUCAGAUCAUGUUCUUCUGACACUGAUGUCAGUGAUGAUAGCCAGGCAACAGUGAUAGGUGGGGUCCAGUCAGAAUUAAAUGAAAUGUCUCGGGACAUUGUAAAUUUCUUGCACCAGAAAGAGGCUAGUCUUAAAAGGGUAAAAAAUGAAAACAAAACAAAACCAAGAAAUACCAUGAGUAAAAUUGUUGCAGGUAA